CCUGUGCAGCUGCUUGUCAACAAGAUGGCCUUCCUCCUCUCUCCGUUUUGACACAGAUUAUUUUGGUAUCCCCGAGAACAGAAUGUGAAAGCUCGCGUCACUUCUGAACAGCUAGUGGGAGAGCGACUGUAUGGAGUCCCAACAAGACGUACAGAGAGCCGGGCUGAGCUGAGUGAACUGACAGGCUCACGAUCGACCGUAGAACAAGGCUGAUGUCAGAAAGUAGCCGCAGGCCCGCAGCUAGUAGCGAGCCACCCGAGCUACGUGGACUCGGACAGUCAACAACUGCAUUUCACCAGACAACACUGGUCGGGUUGGAAAGAAAUACAGCGAAUAAACACUUGGCAUCGACUGUCCGCAGAUCGACGGGCUUGUCGGAGAAGAACGACGCCUUUAAGGUUUUUAUGCCCGGUGUUGAUUGUCAGCCAGUCGGGUGGAGCAGGGAGCCAACAAUGAGAGCACUUGGUGUUUGCUGGCCAGCUUAGAUGCAGACAUGCCACGGUGGUCCUCCUCCUGAUGGACCGCGACACCUUCUCCCACAUCCGGCUGUGGUGCCCCCGCCCCUUUGGCACCUACUCCCAGAACAAAGCUCGGAGUCCCAGCUCGGGGGGCGGCCGGGGUGGAGGUGCCAGUGGCGUAGGGUCCCCCUCGGUCUGCAAGGUCGAACUCAGUCAGGGUGCCAGGAGGGUGGCAGGAGAAAGCGAAGAUGGCAUGAUAGUUGGGGUGCAGGAGGGCGAUGGAGAGGACGAGGAUGUGGGCUCAGAGAACACUCCACCUGAACCUGAGCUUGAAUCCAGCUCCCUGAUGCAGAGCGAGACCCCUCAACCCCCUUCAGCCCCUCCCUCACCAACCACUGCGGGGUCCCAGAUGCAGGACGGACGGGUUCUGUUAGAUACCUGGUACGUCAUAAAGCCGGGCAACACCAAGGAGAAGAUCGCCUUCUUUGUUGCGCACCAGUUCAGUGGAACCGGCCAGCUCAGACCGAGUGCCAUGAAGGUUAAAGGGAACUGGGCAACUGACUGCAGUAAAGCCAAAAGACGAAGGCGGUGCUCCUCGUACGACCCUCCAACACGUUCCCAUGCUCUCAGUCACGACUGCUCUGUCUCACCUCACAGUCCUGACGAGCCACAUCUCGGAGGCCUGAAUGAAACGGACCUGCUUUCUGUAGCAGAGAUGGUUGCCUUAGUUGAGCAGAGGACUGCCAUGGCCCUUCAGGGGAUUGUCGCCGUUCAUGGGAACCAGCACCACCAACCCCCUUCUAUCACUCACAGUCAGGGCCUUAGCUCCAGCCAGCACACUCUGCUCAGGGGCACAGUGUCAGACCCCUCCCCUGUGGUGUUUGUAUCAAACAGUUCACAUGGUCAGCCCUCCAAAGAAAACGAGAAGCCAUCAUCUCCCAUCCAAGCGGACCAGGAGCUCGAAGAGCAGCAUGAGUCAUGCAGAGUGGCGCAGGCCAUCGCGCACUUUGAGUCUCAAAACCUCGAGAACCGGCUCCAUUUGGGUCCUGGUACUGGGAUGCCCUCUUCUAACCAAGACAGUGAGGGCGAGCAUAGGAGAGGAGACACUGUAACACCCCCCGCACCGUCCAAUCAUAGUCAUGGUGAGGUUAGGAUAGCGUUCAGAGUGUCCAAUCUGGACCCGCGUUCUCAGCUGGAACCAGCCAGCAGAUCCCGCUGUAUGUUUAUGAGCUGUGGUGGUGGGGGGAACCAGGCGGCAGCCAGGGCCAAAGAGAAAAUCACUUGUGACCUGUACCAGCUCCUCAGCCCCUCGUCAAGAGACCCCAGCAGUUUGCUGCUUGCUGCUACAGCGUCUGCCCCUAAAGCAGAUGGAGACCUUCAUCACCAGGACAGGCCGACCUGCUGCAGCCCCGACCCGACCCAGGAGCUGUCUUCUGGGGAGAAGAAGGCUGCAGGUGUGGGGAGGGAGCCAGUGACUGGUUUCCACGUGGAGGUGGUGGUGACAGGUGCUGUAGACCAGUGUGUUUUUUAUGGCAAAGACAGCACAGAGAACGUGCAGGAGGAGACUGUGUGUUUUGCCGUGGGGGGAGGGAGCGGUGGGGGUGUUGGAAGCUCAGCUGACUCUUCAUCAGAUGAUCCCCCUCCUGGACAACUGUUUUUCCUUCAGUCUCCCAGGGGACCAGAGGAGGAUGGAAAAGUAACCACUGGCAGCGGGUCAGGAAUGUGCUCUUUGGACUGUGCCAACAACAACAGUCUUGGGUCGGGGGUGGCAGUGGGCUCGGGGGAGCGGGCUACACGACCAGACUCUCCCAGUGUUGUGGAGGACUGUUCAGACCCAUCACUGUGUCGCCUGUACCGCCACGUGUCCCACGACUUCCUGGAGAUCCGCUUUCAGAUCCAGCGGCUCCUGGAGCCGCGACAGUACAUGCUCCUGCUCCCCGACCACAUCAUGGUGAACAUCUUCGGCUACCUGCCCACCCGCGCCCUGGCCGCCCUCAAGUGCACCUGUCACUACUUCAAGGCGCUGAUCGAGACGUACGGCGUGCGUGCCGUGGAUUCCCGCUGGAAUCAAGACCCCCUCUACAAGGACGACCCCUGCAAGCAGUGCAAGCGUCAGUACGAGCGCGGGGACGUGUCUUUAUGCCGCUGGCACCCCAAACCUUACCACCACGACCUGCCUUAUGGACGAUCCUACUGGAUGUGCUGCCGGCGUACCGACAAGGACACGCCGGGCUGCCGCGUCGGUCUCCACGACAACAACUGGGUGCAGCAUCCUGCCGACGGCUCUCAGCCCAUUCGCUCCAAAAAAGAGGACCGGAGGGAGGAGUCCAGGUAGGGAGGGUGAACAGACUUUACAGAAACCAACUCUUCAUCUCAGACUGUGUUCUUCCUCCUCACCUGUGGUCAGAGAGCAGGGGAGCAGCGAGGACUGCGAGGAGGAAUCACUGCUCCAGGACUUUCUUAUAUUCUCCCUUGUCCGAGGGAAGUCGUGUCACACUCCUUGCCUUUUCUUUCUUCUUUCCAAGUCCUCCAGAAUCCCUUUCUCCCGUGCUGUGCUCCGGAGCGGCUCUUGUCAACUGUUUGUAUUCCAGGGUUGGGGUCCUCUCCUACUGCCGCCAUGUUUGCUGCCUGCUAACCGUUGGCUCUCUGUCCAGUUAUGCACAUGGAUCUUACAGCAGGCAGUGCACGUGAAGAUGUUGCAGUGUGUUGAUUUGAAGUUAGGGCUCUUAAAGCGAUGCAGAGAAAUGUAAUCGUUCCUGGUCCCGACACGCGCUGUGUGCUUUAAGGAACGAGAGUCCAACACGUGUCAAACCUUUUCAGGGGUGGAAUGUUGAGCAGAAAUGUGAUUGUAUGAAUCAACCUGGAUUUUAUUUGUAUUCUGUCCCGCUCGCUGCGUUUCUGUCCCCCUGAAUGUGCUGUCGUCGUACUGUUGAUCAGCCCCCUCCACCCUGACGAUGCUGCUGAAAUCACUGCUUAUCACUGAUGGUUCUGAAACGGGUCAGAGGUAGGUUGGGUCUCAGACCCGUGCCCUUGUUUCAGAGUGGACCCUAACCUUGCUGAGCAGCCACGAAGAGCCGCUGAGUUUACAAAGAAUUCUGGGAGAUGGACUUGAACGGGAUGAAAAAGAGAAACUUGACGUCACUUUGGAAAGGCCUGUUGUCACUUUGUACGGUUUGACUGAUCUUAGCUUUGUGUUUGUUUUUAUUUGUUUGUGUGUUGGAAUGUUUGCUUUUAUUCAUGAGGACUGUGUCUGUCGCCCUACUGAACCCACAGGUUUGUUUUUAAAUGCUCCAUCUUUGUUUUAACCCCCAACUCUUUCCUUGCUUCCCUUCCAUUGUCCUCCCGUUCGUUUGCCAAAGCCGUCAUCUCCCCCCUCCCCCCCUCCCCCCCCCCAAGCAGAAACUCUCUACACCAGCUUCCAGCCUUAAAAGCCCUACCUCUACCCUAACCCCGCAGGAGACUGAGGCGUCACAUACCUCACACAUCUAUUGAGAGUUGCACAGGAACCUGUUGGGGGGGGGGGGGGGCACACUCCACCCUAAACUGUUAGUGUGAGUUUGCAGUGCCUGGUGACGGCUCUAAUAUAACUCAAAAAUCUUGAAGAAAAUAAAUAAAUAUAUUUAAAUAUAUAUUCUCCUGACCCCGCCCCCCCAUCGCUUGCUUUUUAAACUCCCCACCCCCUCUGCAAGCUGACAGACUGGACGUUGAACAGAUGAAUGAUGCUGAAACUCUGCACGGAGACGGGAGGACGGUCUGUCAUGGGAGAGCCCUCUGUAGGACGCAGACGUGUUCAGUGCUAAUGGGAAAUGUGUGCUUAAAUAAAAACAGAAGUAAUGAUUAAAACUGGAAAUUUGAAUCA